AUGCCUUCCACGCACAAAAAAGAGAAACCAUGGGAUACAGAUGAUAUAGACAAGUGGAAGAUCGACCCCUUCACACCCACCGACAACGCAGGCGGAACCUUCACCGAAGAAUCCUCCUUCGCAACCCUCUUUCCCAAAUACCGCGAAGUAUACCUCCGUGAAGCCUGGCCCCUCAUAACGCGAUCCCUGGAGAAAUUCGGCAUCGCCUGCACGCUCGAUCUCGUCGAAGGUUCCAUGACCGUGAAAACGACCCGCAAAACCUUCGACCCAGCCUCCAUCCUCAACGCGCGCGAUCUGAUCAAACUACUCGCCCGAAGCGUGCCCGCACCCCAAGCAGUCAAGAUCCUCGACGACGGCGUAGCCUGCGACGUCAUCAAGAUCCGCAACCUGGUGCGCAAUAAAGAGCGUUUCGUGAAGCGCCGCCAACGAAUCCUCGGUCCACAGGGCAGUACGCUCAAGGCGUUGGAACUUCUUACAGAAUGCUAUUUGCUGGUGCAGGGAAACACGGUAGCGGCAAUGGGGCCGUAUAAAGGGCUCAAGGAGGUUCGACGUAUUAUCGAAGACUGCAUGGCGAAUAUCCACCCCAUCUACCACAUCAAGGAGCUCAUGAUAAAACGCGAGUUGGCGAAAGAUCCGGAACUGGCGGGCGAGAGCUGGGAUCGCUUUCUACCGCAUUUCAAGAAUCGCAAUCUGAGUAAGCGUCGCGUGCCGCUGAAGGUUACCGAUAAGAGUAAGAAGACGUAUACGCCGUUCCCGCCGGCGCAGGAGAAGAGCAAGGUGGAUCUGCAGAUUGAGAGUGGCGAGUACUGGCUGUCGAAGCAAGCGAAGGAACGCGCUGGGAAGGAGGAACGACUGGAGAAGCAGCGAGACAAGAAGGUAGAGAGGGAGAAGGAAAGAGAAAAGGAGUUUGUGGCGCCCAAGGAGGAGAAGAAGGAGAAGAAGAAGAGGAAGCGGGAUAGAGAAGAUGGAGAGGAGAAGGAUGUCAAGAAAGAGAAGAAGAAGAAGAGGAAAGAGGUCAUUGUUGAGGAAGAUUAA